AUCUCGCCCUGGCCCAAACCUUGGCGUUGGGUGGAGAAUGCCAGGGCAAUUGCCGGCUAGGGAUGUUGUGACCAGCCGUAGCAGUCUGGCUGACUUCAGGCAGAAGGAGCAGAGCAGGGGAUAGCCCGACACGAGGGAGUGGCCGUGAAGGCCCCCUGUGCCCCUGGUCCAGGCGAGUCAAAAGACCCUUUGAAGGCGUUUGCUCUGAAGUUGAUCUGGCUCAGGGAUCUGGGUUGUUUACCAGAUCUCAGUGGUUACGCUCUCCCUGGGGAAGCCGUCCCGUGAAGUUGCCAAGAGUGCACGGCGGUCGAACGCUCUCCUUUUUUGGGUUGAAAAGAAUCCGCAGAUUUAACGUCUCCUGAGCAGUUCCCGAUUGAGCGAGGCGCCGAGGACCAUGACGGGGAGUAACAUGGCGGACGCGUUGGCCAGUGCCACCUGUGGCCACUGCCGCUCGCACUUUGACCCCACGGAGCGGAUUGUCAACAGCAAUGGGGAGCUGUACCACGAGAAGUGCUUUGUGUGUGCGCAGUGCUUCCAGCAGUUCCCAGGAGGCGUGUUUUAUGAGUUUGAAGGAAGGAUGUACUGUGAACACGACUUCCAGAUGCUGUUCGCUCCCUGCUGUGGACAGUGUGGAGAGUUUAUCAUUGGCCGUGUCAUCAAGGCAAUGAACAACAACUGGCACCCGGACUGCUUCUGCUGCGAGAUCUGCUCGGUGGCCUUGGCGGACCUGGGCUUUGUGAAGAAUGAGGACAGGCAUCUGUGCAGACCCUGCCACAACCAGGAAAAGGCAAAGCGACUUGGCCAGUACAUCUGUCAGAAGUGUCAUCUGAUUAUUGACGAAGUGCCACUAAUGUACAAGAGUGAUCCCUAUCACGCUGACCAUUUCAACUGCACCCACUGUGGGAAGGAGCUCACGCCGGAUGCCCGGGAGAUGAAGGGGGGUCUCUACUGCCUGCCCUGCCACGACAAGGCGGGGGUCCCCAUCUGUGGGGCGUGUCGGCGACCCAUCGAGGGCCGCGUGGUCAAUGCCCUGGGGAAACAGUGGCACGUCGAGCAUUUUGUUUGUGCCAAGUGUGAGAAACCGUUUCUGGGUCACCAUCACUUUGAACGGAAAGGACUGGCCUACUGUGAGAAGCAUUACAACCAGCUGUAUGGAGAUGUUUGCUAUCACUGUAACCGGGUGAUUGAGGGUGAUGUGGUGUCGGCUCUCAACAAGUCCUGGUGUGUUCACUGUUUCGCUUGCUCCAACUGUCACUCCAAGCUCACCCUGAAGAACAGGUUUGUGGAGUUCGACAUGAAGCCCGUGUGCAAACGAUGUUACGAGAAGUUCCCGCUGGAACUGAAGAAGCGACUGAAGAAGCUGUCUGAGAGAAACAUGCGGAAGUAAGGCCAGGGCUGCAGCUGUCCGUGAACCCUGGUCCUCUGGGAUAGGGGCCGGGACACCCUCGAUAUAUUCAGCGAGGAGGGCACAAUGCCACGCUUGACUCAAUCAUUUACUUACCAGUGUG